AGGAAAAUAGAAACAGGUGUUGAAAACUUAAACGACAUAAACGGUAAGAGGUGUAGAGUAGUGGUUAAUUGUUUCCAUCACGUUUCGUUGCCUCAGAAUUUUGAGGAAUUGGAGGGAUACACUGUAAAAAGCACAUUUCUAGAGGAUGUUACAGUGACAAGCGUCGAAAUCAUGCAAUCAGAAGGGAAGGAACUUGAGGAAGGUGAACAUAUGACAAGCACUGAAACCAUGGAAACAGAAUUGAAGGUACCAGGGGAUGAUCAGGGGAUGUCAAGCACUGAAAACAUGGACGAAAAAGUUAAGAUACUUGAGGAAGGUCUGAGGACGACAGAUGCUCAAAGUAUGGAAACAGAUGUAGAAAGUGAAUUGAUGACAACCACCAAAACAACGGAAACAGAAGUAGAUCUGAAUAAAGAAGAUCUUGUGUCUGGUUUUAAAUCCACGGUUUGUUCUCAAGAGGCCACUAGGAAAGAACCUUUGAUAAAAGACAUAGACAUAAAAAAUGUGCAUUUAAGUACCGGUAAAACAGGGAAGGUCACAUGUAAUAUUUGCCAACGUGAAUUAAGUAAUAAACACAAAUUGAAGAGUCAUAUUGAAACAGUUCAUAAGCCAAAGGGUAAUCUGAUGUGCAGUAUCUGUAAGAUGAAGUUUACUUCAGAUGGACAUUUAGAGAGACAUAUAAGAAUUUUCCAUCUUUCUAAGAAACAGCUGACAUGUGAGGUGUGUGAAAAAGAGUUCAAACAGAAAACAGAAUAUCAGAAACAUAUUGCUACCCAUACAGGACCAGAGUGUACACUUUGUAAGGAGUCAUUUGGCUCUAUAAGAAUUUUGAUGCAACAUAGAAGGACAUUUCAUGGCCUUGAGAGGCCUUUUGAGUGUUCUAUAUGUAAGAAGUCCUUCAAAACUUCAGGCAACCUUGGUGAUCAUCUUAAAUAUCAUAUGGGUGAAAAAAAGUUUGAAUGCAGUUUUUGCCAGAAGCUAUUUGUCAGGCCACAACAUCUUGAUGAGCAUAUGAAAAUUCACACUGGAGACAAACGUUUUCAGUGUGAGAAAUGUGAUUAUAAAUGUACUUCAAAUGGCAAUUUGAAAAAACAUAUGCGUGUUCAUACUGGAGAAAAGCCGUAUCAGUGCACACUUUGCGAAUAUGCAUGUUCGGAGAGCUCAGCACUUAAUGUUCAUAUGAAAAUGCAUCUUGGUAUCAAAGAACAUGAGUGUACCUUUUGCCAAAAAAGAUUUAGAACUUCAUCAGAUUUGAAAAAACAUAUGUUAGUUCAUACUGGGGAGCGAAUAUAUAAAUGUUCAACUUGCUCAAAAUCAUUUCCAUGUGUAAGCACAUUGAAUCAACAUAUGCGUUAUCAUUCUGGAGAAAGACCACACAAAUGUGACAUAUGUAUGAAGGCUUUUGUAAGAAGCUAUGAAUUAAAAAUUCAUUAUCGUGUUCAUACAGGAGAACGUCCAUAUUCCUGCAAAAUAUGUAAUAAGUCAUUUAGAAGCGGAGGUGGUUUGAAGAAACAUAUGCCAGUUCACUCUAUGGAAAAGGCAUUUCAGUGUGAACAAUGUUCAGCUAAAUUUGCACAUAAGGAAUCCUUACGUAUUCACAUUAGAGCACAUUCUGGUAUCAAACCAUUCCAGUGUAAGCAAUGCAGUAAAGAGUUCCAUCUUUUAACGUUACUGAAAAAUCAUAUGCGGAGACACACGGGAGAAAAAAGUCAUACCUGUGGGGAUUGUGGGAAGAUGUUUUACAAUGCAGGUUGUCUUGCAGUUCAUGCAAGAGUACAUGCUGACCUUAGACCGUAUGUCUGUCAGAUAUGUAAAAUGUCCUUCAGGGAACCAGACAAGUUAAAAGAACACAGAAGAACAAAACACGAGGGAGUCCGAGCCUUUCAGUGUCAGAUAUGCAAGAAAGAAUUUACAUCUGCUGCCAUUUUAGAAUCUCAUAGGCACACGCAUUCUUCUGAUCGAUGUUUUGUUUGCGGUAUUUGCAACAUGACGUUUAAGCGCAGAUCCACCCUAGAGAAACAUACAAAAGUUCACAAGGAGUCUGAAGCAUACGAUGUGUCUUGUGAUAUUUGUAAGAAAACGUUUGCACACAAAAAACACUUGAUAAUGCACUUGAAAUCCCAUUUGAAAGAUGGUGCGUAGGACAUUUGUGCUAGUGAGUGGCUGGCUGCAUUAAAAAAAAUUGUUAUCUUUUUAUUAUCUGUGUGUUUGCUAUAAAAGGUCACUGUUGUAAUUAUAAACUGUUGGCAUGAUGAUGUUUAAUUAUGGAAUGUGGUCACUCAAUUUAACUGUAUAGCAUAGUUCUGAUUUAAUGCUGAUGUAAAGUGGGACAUGAUUUCACACAAUUUAACAUAUGUGCCACGCCAUGAGAAAACCAACAUAGUGGCUUUGCGACCAGCAUGGAUCCAGACCAGCCUGCACAUCCACGCAGUCUGGUCAGGAUCCAUGCUGUUCACUUUCAAAGCCUAUUGGAAUUAAAGAAACAGUUAACGAACAGUAUGGAUCCUGACCAGACUGCGCGGAUGCGCAGGCUGGUCUGGAUCCAUGUUGGUCGCAAAGCCACUACGUUGGUUUUCCCAUGGCGUGGCUCAUAUUUCUUUGCAUCUUUUAAACAGACUCAGCCAAACAGAAUCUGGUGGUCGCUGAGAGAGUUAUGUGCUCCCAGAAAAUUGACAGUUUGCAUAUGUUAUACAGGGUAACCACUUACCUUGAAAAGUUUUUAGGUAAAAAUGACGUUUUCAAUGUCAGUGAAUUGUCAGGUUAAAUCAUGAUAAUGGUCAGUGAAAAAUAAAAUUUUAGAAAAGUCAGGGAAAAAUGAAAUUCUGGACCCAUGUUAUAAAUGUUAAGCGGCUAUGGCAGUCUUUAAGUAAUAUUUCCAAACACAUUUUGGUGUAAUUUUGUAACCAAGUGUUUGUCUUUCACAGAGAGAUUUCAUGAAUAAUUUCAUUGGCCGUCUGUUUUUUCUUUCUUUCGUUUUUUUAUUAUAUCAGCUAGAGUUUCCGUACUGCAUCAACAGGAUUUAUACAUUGUAAUAAGUGCUAUAUUGGUUUUGAUAUAUCGUUUUUAUAUGAUUUUAAUAAGCGCCUGAACCACUUUACCUUUUAACAUAAUUAUGUAGAGUUAAUAUAAAUGCUUAUGUUCUGUAGUUUGUAUAGUGACAUUGUUUGUUACAAUAUUCUUAAAGAACUAACGUGUACUUGUAUAUAGUAAUUUGUGUUUUAAAUUGUUUUUAGUUCUCACUGCUCAUGUAUGUAUUUGUUGGAAAUUGAAAUAAAGAAAUAAAUCUUCAAUCAAAUUUCAUUGUGUCCUUUUGCAAUAGAUAAUUUAAAUGUAAAGCUGCAGUUAUUUUUUUUCUU